AUGUACCAAAACCGAGAAGAGCUACUGGCAAAUUACAGGCAAAACCCACGUCCCCUUGAUUAUCAAGAUGAUGAGGACUGGAAGAUAUGCCUCGCGCUUAUAGAUGAAAAAGCAGACCGCGAGAGACAAGAACGAGCAGAUCGAGCGGUUGCUGACGAUGGUGAUGCCGAGGACGAAGAUUCUGACGGAGACAAAGAAAAUGCUGUCCCACUACCAAUCCGUAUGAAGACAGAAGACAGAGAGACGGAGAACGAAGAUGAAGGCGAAGAAGAAGACGAAGGCACGAAUGAUCCCGCACCAGACACCACCGCAGUUCCUGUAAUCCCCCAAGUGCCCACAACAACCACCAGCACAAGCCAAACCCUCAUCGCCCCUUCCGGAGCACCCAUCUACUUCUUCCACGGAAACAUCAACAUUCCUCUCAUGUUGAUCGACACAGAAAUUCAAGCUGCCGUUCAAAAACUGAUUGAAAUGUACAUCACCCGUGGUCGACUAGCCAGCAAUACCGUCGUCUGCAUAAACCAGCGCUAUGACGGUCAAGCCACGCAUAAUGCUGAUGGUACAGAGUAUGCCUGUAGGACUUGUAUUGAUAAGUAUCGUGAUGGUCAAAACUACAAGGGAUACAGGGUUUGUAUAAGACAUGGGCAGAAGGUCAUGGGUGGACAGCUGGUAACUGCAUAUUUCGCUGUCGCACAAAAGCGAUCGGAGAAUCAGCGGUAUGUUUGGCGUACUGAGUAG